UUUGCUUGUUUCCCUUCAGCAUUUCAUAGAUCAGUGGAAAUCAUGCCAAUAAUCCGCCAUUUAACCCACCGCACAAACCCGCCAGCUGUCAGAUAUCUAUCAGCGAUCCUCCAUUUGCCGAAUAAACAAGACACUUCUUGUCGCCCCCGCCGCAUUUAUGCCUCCACCAGUGCAAAGCAAGAAUCGACAAGCGAGCGUCCAAGAACCGAGUCACGUACAAAGAGACCUAGAAGGGAACAGGUGCCAUGGGCUGAGAUGCGACUUAGUGAGCGAGUUGCCCAUGCCCUGCAAACCCUAGGUUAUACCGGUGUCAUUAUCGUUGGGCUAGGUGUGAUUGGCACAGCAAUCUACUCCAUAGGCCUUGAACUCGUCGAUCAAACCGAUGCUUGGAAGGUGUACGAUGAUGCCUUGGAACGAGUUAUGAACAGCGAAGAAGUACAGAAACUUGUGGGGAUACCCAUGACUGGAUUGGCUGAUGAGGGUGGACGGAGAGGAAAAUCGCUAAGCCAUCACAUAGUGGAAGAUCCGACUUCAGGGAAAACCCUGCUUAUGAAAUUCUACAUUAAAGGAGCAAAGUCAUCUGGGACAGUACAUGUGGAAAUGGUCCAGAAUAAGGAAACCUCUCGAUGGGAUUACCAACUCCUCCUUGUGGAUAUUGCACAGCAUGGCGGCUCGAAAAGAGUUAUUGUAACAGACAAUAGACCCAUCUUCACGAUGUCAGAUCCGGAGCGACGGGGCUGGUUUGGUUUCGGUUCUGCGCGAGGAAUCCGAAGGGUUUAGGGGAUCAUCAUUUAAUUUGUAAAUAUCGACAAUUAUUUCAUAUAUUUUGCGUCAUGUCAUCAUAAUUCUCGACUCAUUUGUCGGACACCAAAUAGGUAAUUCGUCGUCUGGGGCGA